AUGACCAAGCGUGUUCUAACAGGGCCUGAAUCUCACCUGAUUUAUCACUGUGGAGAAUUUAUCCCAAAGAACGUUCAGUUUCCAGAAUAUCGAUGUGUCCCACCUGAGAUCACUGGUUCUGUCUUCUAUCUCAUCUUGGAUGUAGUAGAUACUGAAUGCCACGUACUCAGCAGAAAGUUGUGGAAGAACUGUACGGCCAGAUUUCCUCAUGCAACUGUUUAUGGUCAAUGCAAAGCAAUUAUCUACAUUAAUCAGGCAAGAAAUAUUGCUCAUCUGAAUACUUAUGAGUGCAUUUUACAACCAGUUCCACCCAGACAUAUUUCGACAGUAUGUCCUGACUGCCCAGUUGAUGACAGUCCAACUAAGCCCAAAUAUUUGGAGACUGCCGUUCAAACCCUUGCCAAGUUCAAUGAAAAGAGUGAACAAACUCAUUAUUUCUCUGUCCUCAAUGUCACAAAAGCUUCAAUGCAGUGGGUUGUUGGUCCUGCGUAUUUUGUGGAGUUUUUAAUUCAGGAGACAUCUUGCUCCAAAAAUGACACGAUUGCUGACAUCUCCAAGUGCAAGCCACUUUCUUCAGAACUAGCUCAAAUAGGUUUCUGCAAAGGCUCUGUAGUAAACAGUCACUUCAAACAUGAACAGUUUGUCACAAUAUCCUGUGAAAUCUACAGUCUACAGGAUCCUGCCGCUGAAGAGGAGAAACAGCAAGCUAAUCAGACACCUGGAAAAUCCGGCCAGAAUCAUCAACAAGCUUUCCCUUCAGAAACCAGUCCUUUCUCCCCACACCUAGAAAAAACAGUGGGCUGGGUUAAAAUUCUGCCCCCUUCAACUGAGGAUGUCUCUUUCCAAAACGAACCAGAAAGUCAAAAUGAACAUAAAGAUGGAAAGCCAUUUCCACCUGAGGCUGUAGGAUCUACACCCAGCCUUGAUGGAGAAAAGACUCAGGUAGACAAACCAGACUUGACCAAACCAGUCUCUGGACCAGUUAUUCUCCCUUUUCCUGAGGAACUUUCUCUAUCAGACUCAUGCCCAGGAGAAGCAAAAAAGAUAGAUUCCAUUCUCCAGCCUUUGCUGCCUAAAAAGCUUACCAAAGCCUAG